UCGAGGCGGACGGAGUUGAGCGCGCUCCGCGGGGACGCGCACUGAGGGGAAGUGGAAAGACGGAAGAAAGGACGUUGAAUAAACUUGUCAACUAACUAACCGACUGUCUCGAAAUACAGUCGGAGAUUAUGUGACGACAAUAUCGACGACUCGUUUCGAUGUAAAUUGAGCCGACCGACCGACCUGUUACUAUUCUAUCAUCGCGGGCUCCGCUCGACUCCGGCAGUUUUCAAACAGACUUGCUCAACCGACCCGGAGACGUCAACCGACACAAAGUCACAUUCCGCCGCUGGCAAAGUGGUGUAAUAACCGGACAAAAGCUGCACCGACGAGACGCACGACCCCCUCGCUGGCUCCAGUGGGACUCGAGGUUUCCAUCCGCGUGGGGGAAAAGUUCCCCGCGGUGGCUGAGGAGCAGCCGCGGACGAGGCCUGCAGUCGAGGAGGCUGCAUGUGUGAAGACUGCUACUGGCGGGCGGUGACUCAAGCGGCGCUAGCUUAACAUCCAGGACGGAACAUGUCGGCCCAGGCGCAGAUGCGAGCGAUGCUGGACCAGCUCAUGGGCACGGGGAGAGACGGAGACACCAUGAGGCAGAGAAUCAAAUUCAGCGACGAGCGGGUCUGCAAGAGUCACCUUCUGGAUUCGUGUCCGCAUGAUAUUCUGUCAGGCACCAGAAUGGACCUGGGGGAGUGUAUAAAGGUCCACGACCUGGCUCUCAGAGCAGACUACGAGAUUGCCUCCAAGGAGCAGGAGUACUUUUUCGAACUUGAUGCUGCGGAACACCUUCAGUCUUUCAUUGCGGACUGUGAUCGCAGGACUGAGCUGGCCAAGAAGAGACUAGUUGAGACACAGGAUGAGAUCAGUGCCGAGGUGGCUGCAAAGGCUGAACGUGUCCAUGAGCUGAACGAAGAGAUUGGGAAGCUGCUGGCCCGAGCAGAGCAGCUCGGGGGUGAGGGGAACGUGGACGAAGCCCAGCAGCUGCUGGAGAAGGUGGAGAAGACCCGGGCCUUAAAGAAAGAAGCAGAGGAUGUUUACAGAAACUCAAUGCCAGCAUCCAGCUUUCAGCAACAGAAACUACGGGUGUGCGAGGUCUGCUCUGCCUACUUGGGUCUCCACGACAAUGAUCGACGUUUGGCCGACCACUUUGGUGGCAAACUGCACAUUGGCUUCAUCGAAAUUCGCGAGAAGCUUGAAAAGCUAAGGAAAGCAGUUGUAGAGAAACAAGAAAGAAUGCGAAUGAGGAGACGAGAGGAGCGCGAGAAAGAAGAUGAAAAAGAGCGACAGUGGGAAAUUGAACGGGAGCAAGAGAGAGAAAGAGCCCGAGAGUGGGAGAAAGAACGAGAGAGGGAGAGGGAGCGUCGGAGGUCGAGAUCUAGAAGUGGAGACCGUUACAGGGACGGAGGCAGUUCGUCUUCCCACCGCUCAAGGCGCCACCACUCCUCUCGUCCCAGAGAAGAAGGUGGGGAUCGGGAUCGUGAGAGGGAGAGGGAGAGAGAGAGGGAGAGGAAACAUCGACACAAGGACAGACAUCGCUCCCACUCCCACUCUCAAAGAAACAAAAGGAAGAGAUCCUCCAGAGAAAGAACAUCACACACCCGUGACGGAGAGCGCUCGUUGUCCCAGGAGAGAUUGAGAGAGGGUGCGGGAGAGGCAUGGCGUGACGACAGGCCGGAGUUCAAAGACUGGGAAAACAGGGAGAGGUCCACCUCCCCGGACACGGCCAAGGGCAAGGAGCGAGAAAGAUCCCUGUCGUACGAGCGGGAGCGACGCUCCAGCUCCGGAGAGCGCGAGUCCGGGGAGAUAUGAACAGGAAGGGGUGCCUCCAAAGUUUUUGAUUUGGAUAUAUUGUUCAGCAAAAGGAGCAGGGAGAGAGGAGUGUGUUGGUGCGGGUGUGUAUGAGUGAGUGAGUGUGUGAGGGGGGGUUGGCUUUAUGUGUGUUCAUGAUAAAACAUGUACAAAGAGCAGCGGUGACCGGUGGAAACUUGAGGGGAUGAGGGAACAGCUUCAUUGGUGGUGGUCGUGGAAACAUGCAUACCAACUUUUAUGAACCUCUGAAUUAUGAGGCCAGAGUCUCCUGGAGUACAGUCAUACUUUUAUGGCAACUUGUUGAUCUAAUGUACAGCUGACAGUAAUGAGAGAUGACUGAGUGGAGAGAAUACCUACUUAAAGUCUGUUUUUAUUUUACUCACAUGAAGUGCUGUUUUUUUUUUCUUCUUUUUUUUAUCAUUAGUUGAAUCAUGUUAUAACUGUUUUUCCUGUUCCAUUAGGAAUCUCUCAGCUUCAGUAGCUGUGGAUUUAUUUACACGGGUUGGACUCAUUAAUGUUGCAUAACUCUCAAAGUGAUUUUUUUUAAAUGAGCUGUGAAAGACUGAAGGCUACUCGUGUUUGUUUUAUUUUUGCUGCCUUCAAGCCAUAACCAUCUCAUUUGGGAAAUUAGAUCCACAUCCUGGAGCCUGACUUUAACUCAAGACAUGGUGAGGAGGUCGUUAAUUCAAAAUAAACUCACGUUCCCCUGAAACAGCUAUUUCCUUGUAAUUCUUGACGUGUGAAGGCGUAUGGAUGAUGUGCAUAAUUAUAUACUGACAACUGAAGGCCCAGGAACCUGUGUCCUGCUUGAUGUUAUACAACCUUGGUGUACAGGAGGGGAUUUAUUUUGCUGUGCCAUUAUAGUGAAUAAAAUGUUCUGCUUCCAUUCAAACAA